UCCCAGCGCCCCCUGGCGGCCAGCCUUGAACCUCUGCAGUGGAAAAUUUCCUGCGCAGCGCAGAACAAGCUGUGCAGAACUGGGCUCAGCGUGCAGCUGCUGCAACGUGUGUGUGGAAAAUCCCGUCCAGAGACGAUAGAGGAGCGGAGAAAGUCGGGUUUGUGUCUGUUUGAGCUGGAAUGUUCUUCCCGAUCGCGUUUGUGGCUGCCAGGCAGUUGGCUCGGCCGCUGUUCGUGCGAGGCUUCUCCACCUCUCAGGUCUACGCUGCUAACAAGAUGAAGAUCGCUGUGAUUGGUCAGAGCCAGUUCGGUACGGAGGUGUAUAACCUCCUAAAGAAGGAAGGUCACGAGAUCGUCGGCGUCUUCACCAUUCCAGACCUGCAGGGGAAGCCGGAUCCUUUAGCCGUAGCAGGAGAGAAGGACGGCGUUCCCACCUUCAAGUUCCCGCGGUGGCGCGUGAAGGGCCAGUCCAUCCCGGAGGUGGUUCAGCAGUACCAGGCGUGCGGAGCCGACCUGAACGUGCUGCCGUUCUGCUCGCUCAUCCCCAUGGACGUCAUCAACACCCCGAAACACGGCUCCAUCAUCUACCACCCCUCCAUCCUCCCCAGGCACAGGGGGGCCUCCGCUAUCAACUGGACGCUGAUCCACGGAGACAAGAAAGCCGGCUUCACCAUCUUCUGGGCGGACGAUGGGCUGGACACGGGGCCCAUCCUGCUGCAGAAGGAGUGCUACGCUGGGCCUAACGAGACGCUGGACGGGCUGUACAACAAGUUCCUGUACCCCGAGGGUAUCAAGGCUAUGGCGGAAGCGGUACAGCUGAUCGCUGACGGGAAAGCGCCGAGGAUUCCCCAGUCAGAGGACGGAGCCACGUACGAACCCAUGCUGAAGAAGAAGGAGUCUGUGCAGAUCAACUGGGACCAGACCGGCGAGGCCCUCCAUAACUUUAUCCGAGGGAACGACAAGCUGCCGGGCGCCUGGACAACCAUCAACGGGGAGCAAGUCACGCUGUACGGCUCCAAGAUGUUCAAGAAGGAGGUUCCGGAGGGGACGGAGGUUGAAGUUCCCGGCGCGAGCAAACCCGCCAUCGUGCACAAGGGCGGCAUGAUCUUCACGGGGAACGACGGCAAGAUGCUGAAUGUGAAGAACCUCCAGUUUGCGGACGGCUCCAUGAUCCCAGCGAAGAUGUUCGGGAAGGCGGACGCCGGCGGCGCCACGCUGGAGCUGACAGCCGAGGAGAAGGAUCUGGAGGGACAGCUCAAGGAUGUGUGGAAGGGAAUCCUGUCCAUAGCAGAGAUCCAGGGAGAAACUGACUUCUUCAAGGCCGGAGCCGGCUCCAUGGACGUGGUCAGGCUGGUGGAGGAGGUACUGCAGCGCUGCUCGGACGUGAGUCUGCAGAACGAAGACGUCUACAUGAACACAACCUUCCACGACUUCAUGCAGAUGGUGGUCCGCAAGGCACGCGGCCUGGACGAGCCGGACGAGUUUGAGUACGACGCUAUUGAGAUGCACGUGAACAACUUGAAGCUGGAGUUCCCCAAUCAGCUGUUCAUCAACAACGAGUUUGUCGACGCGUCCAACGGAGCGACCUUCGACACCAUCAACCCCACAGACGAAUCCGUGAUCUGCAAGGUGUCGAAAGGAACGAAGGAUGACGUGAACACGGCCGUGAAGGCCGCGAAGGAGGCGUUCGAGGACGGGCCGUGGGGCAAGAUGAACCCAAGGGACAGGGGCAAGCUCAUGUACAGGUUGGCAGACUUGAUGGACGAGCACAAAGAGGAGCUGGCUACACUCGAGGCCAUCGACUCGGGCGCUGUGUACACGCUGGCACUGAAGACUCACGUGGGGAUGUCCAUCGACACCUUCCGCUACUACGCUGGCUGGUGCGACAAGAUCAUGGGCACGACCAUCCCCAUCAACCAAGCCCGACCCAACCACAACCUCACCUACACCAAACGCGAGCCUGUCGGUGUUGUUGGUCUGAUCGUCCCGUGGAACUAUCCGCUGAUGAUGUUAGCGUGGAAGAUGGGCGCUGCGCUCACGCCGGGGAACACGAUCGUGCUCAAACCUGCACAGGUGACGCCUCUGACGGCCCUGAAGUUUGCUGAGCUGGCUGUGAAGGCUGGGUUCCCUCCUGGUGUUAUCAACAUCCUACCUGGGGCAGGUUCCCAGGUGGGGCAGGCCAUCUUGGAUCACCCCGACGUGAGGAAAGUCGGCUUCACGGGGUCCACUCCUGUGGGCAAGGACAUCAUGAGGAGUUGUGCUGUCAGUAACCUGAAGAGAGUGUCUCUCGAGCUGGGCGGAAAGUCUCCCCUCGUCAUCUUCAAUGACUGUGACCUGGACAGGGCCGUCAGACAGAGUCUGAGCGGAUGUUUCUUCAACAAAGGAGAGAACUGCAUCGCUUCCGGGCGGCUGUUUGUGGAGGAGUCCAUCCAUGACGAGUUCGUCACCAGGGUGGUGGAGGAGAUAAAGAAGAUGAAGAUCGGAGAUCCGCUGGACAGAUCUGUGGAUCACGGACCUCAGAACCACCUCGCUCACUUUAACUCCCUCCUGGAGUAUUGCAAGGUUGGAGUGGAGCAGGGAGCCAAGCUGGUGUACGGGGGCACCAGGGUCGACAGACCAGGCCUGUUCCUGCACCCCACGGUGUUCACAGACGUGACAGACGACAUGUGGAUUGCCGAGGAGGAGUCGUUCGGACCCGUCAUGAUCAUCAGCAAGUUCAAGGACGGAGACAUUGACGGGAUGCUGAAGAGCGCCAACAACACGGAGUUCGGCCUGGCGUCCGGCGUGUUCACCAAGGACAUCAACAAGGCGCUGUACGUGGCCGACAACCUGCAGGCCGGGACAGUCUUCGUCAACACCUACAACAAGACGGACGUCGCCGCGCCCUUCGGAGGCUUCAAGCAGUCAGGGUUCGGCAAGGAUCUUGGCCAGGAGGCGCUGCACGAGUACACCAGAACCAAGGCUGUCACUGUGGAGUACUGGCUGUGAGGGGUCAAAGGUCCUGACCUGUGGGCUGGGAGGGGUCAAAGGUCCUGGCCUAUGGACUGGAAGGGUUCAAUGGUCCUGACCUUUACAUAUAGCCUGGACAGACAAACACCACUUACACAUCAUGGUAGAGUUAACGAUCCUCCCAACACAAAUUAUAUCACACUGAAUAAGAGUUGAGCCGCCUUCAGACUGACUGACCCACCUGCUGUAGUCACAUGACCUUAGGGAUGCAUGAUCUAUGCAAGGGGUCAAAGGUUAGAGGUGUUGGGAGACAGUUAGACUCUACCAUGAUGUUGUUUAGCACCAAUGAGAUUUCUCCACACAGAAGCAUCACAUAUCCCCGUUUGUGUAUGAAACGGCCGCCUCAGAUCUGUAGACUCAUGACAGUUGGCCUAGACUAGUCCCUGUGCAACUGUAUAAACAUUAUGGUAUCUAAUAUCCAAGAGAUGUUGAUAAUAAAUGACUUCCACUGAAAUAUGUGGGUUUAGUGAGGAGAGGCCUCCAAAUUAUGUGCCAUCUGUAGUAAUUACUCAAAUGUCUGUGUCAACUCCAAAAAUAGUUCUAGUUUUAGAGUAAAAAAAAUAGUUUGAGUUUUAGAGUUAGUAAAUGUUGUGAAAAUAUAAUAAUAUUUCUGCAAUAAUCAGAGAAAAUCCUGUGUAACCAGUGCUUGUUGUGUUAAAGCUGUCACAGAUUUAUGCAGAAAACUUUCUAUGAAGUUGUCUGUGUAGAUAUCUAUGGUAAAAAUUGUGUACAUUUUGAAUCACAAUGGUUCUUUUAUGUACAUGUCUUUGAUCAUAUUAUUUUGUUAAUUUAGGAUCUUUCUGAUUAACUUAAACUGCAACCAACUUGGCACUCUACAAUCUCAGCAAUUUCAUUCAUGAAAAGUGUGUUAAUAGAGUUUAUAAAGCUUAUAGAGGACUUUUCAUCGAUGUCAAACUAACUGACAUAUCUCUGCUUAACACGUCUUGAGUUGAAAAUUCAAACUUCACGUGUGGUAGCUCCUUGAAGAUUGGGUCAAAGACUGUAUCUGUACCUUAACUGUAGUUGAACUGUCUAAGCAGAACACUGAGCAGUACAAAUAAACAUUUGUUCCACUGUUGUCUUUAUCUCAUGUCAGAUCUGCUUUCAAAUCUGAGCCUUCUUGUUCAGUGAAAUUUUAUUUGCUGUUUGAAAAAUUAUCAUGUCCUCUUAUGAAUAAAAGAUGAUCUUUGUCCCA